AUGGCAGAUUCAGAUAGUGAAUAUGAGGAGGAAGAAACCCUCAUUGCUGUAGAGUUGCAUGGUGUCAUAGACUCAGAAAUUUUCGCACAAGAUUCUUUCAACAAGUUUAAAAUUCUAGCUAUAGACUCUGAAAACCCUAUUUUACAAGUUGAGAACUUUGUUUUCACUGGAGGGUAUGAACAUGCAAUGGGGACAAAUGUCUUCUUUGAAGAAGAUGAUAAGAAGGUAAAGAAGUGUGACCCAGUGUUUUGCAAGAAACCAGCACGCAUGUUGAAAUAUGUAUGUAAAACUAGCAAGAAACUAAAUAUGAAGCGUGUGUUUGUUUCUGAAAAGGCCUCCGGAGAAGACAGCAACAUGCCUAGCACCAGUGAAAGUGAAACAUCAGCAGUUCCUGGUAGUAGUACUUCCAGCGUUUCAGAAAUUGAAAACAAUCCUCAAUCAGAGCAUAAUACUCAAUAA